AUGAAAAAGGGCUUAUCUGCGAAAGACAUUAAUGAAAAUAAAAAUUCAGCACAGAAAGCUCUCUCCUCUCCUCUUCUCUUCUCUCUAUCUCUCUAUCUAGAAAAUAAAGAUUCCUCAAAUUCAGCCAUGAAAGUAAUGAAGAAAGGUAAAGUGCACCCAACUCGUUCUCUUCCACCAUCUUCGUCUUCAAUUGAAGAUUACUUUCUCUCUGUCUUUAAGCUUCUCGCGGCUGCGAUUCUGGUUCUGGUGUCGGUUUCUCUCUCAGCCGAAGAUCGGGAAGUUCUUGCUUACUUAAUCACCAGGUCACUCAACACCACCACCGUCGUACUCGUAUCAAGCAAGAAGAAGAGAAGUCAUGAUAAAGUUCCUCUUUUUGAUUGUGGAUGUUUCGAUUGCUACACAAGUUACUGGUCUAAAUGGGAUUCUUCGUCUAACCGUGAGCUCAUCAACCAGAUCAUAGAGACCUUCGAAGAUCAUCUCACUAGCGACGAGAGCUCUGCCUCCCACAAAUCCAAGAAAUACAAGAACAGAGCAAAGAUUAUAGAGAUAUCGGAAGAACCCAUCGCUAAAACCACAGAACCACCGAUGGCUUCCUAUGAAUUCCCACGUGAGAACUCACCGGACGCGGGAGAUGAAACGCAAAAACACCGGACGUGUUGGGUUUAUUCAAUUCGCGUUUUUGGAGCCUUUGGAAUCUCAACGUCUAAAGGGCAAUAAGGCAUCAUCGCUCUGAAGCUUCUUUUUGGUUUGCUAAAAAUGCUCUCUUUUUUUUUUGGAAACCCCAAAAAAGAAAAGGUGAAUUCUUGACUUUACGUUUGGCUCAAAUACAUGUAUCAAGAAAGAUUGAUUUAUGUUGUGAAAAUGCAGACAUAACUCUCAUUACUGUUCUUGUGAUUAAUUUUCUUAAGGGUUGGUUAGCUUGUUGAAACUGUGUUAUUUUGCUUCAGGCUCCUUUUGGGUUGGUGGUAACAACCUCACUCUCAGUAUUUUUUUUGCUUAGGAAGAAAGUUUUGGGGAGGUCUUUGUUUGAUUAGGCACCGCACACUUCUCAAAGAGUGUCUCGUUUAGAUAUUUUUAGCAACUAAUGUAUAGUUUAUUCAUGUCUUUGUAAUUUAUAUUGCAUUUUCAUAUUUUGGGCAAAACCCUCUUCCUAUCAUGUGUUACUCACUUACUCUAUUUCGGACUAUUGCUUUUUUGCCGGUGAAGAUUUGGUCCUUUCCGUAUUAAAUGAAAUCUAUCGAAACUCAA